UCUACCAGGUGUCACAUAAUGCGAGGGGCCAGGGGCUUCCAACCUAUGCUGAUAGCUGGUGUGGCUCCAAAGUGCCUGUUUUACUUGUAAGUCACAAAAGCGGGAAGGCCCGACACCGUGUGGCCUUUCUUCACCUUGGUGUGUGAGUGUGGAUACAUGUUUACUCAAUAAUCUCCGGCUCAACCUGUCUGAUCGGUGCGUUCCGGCUGCGCAGGUAUGAACACACACUCAGUAAACGCCUGAGAGGACGACGAGGCACGCGGAAGAUUGUGAGAAAAUGUCGGGAUCAUUAUUUGUCAAGGACUGAAAAAGCCUGCCAAAAGGUCAAGUGAGUUGGGAGAGAUUCUUCUUGGUGCUCUUCAACCAACCGAUGGCUCUGAGAUGCUAAUGUUGUACUACAGGCUCUGGGAUGUACACGACAUUGCUGCGCUCUUUUGCUUUUUGUUGUACAUGUGCCAACGAGCUGGAGCCAUCUCCAUCGAGUCCCCCGAGCACAGCCUAACCCGGUCCGUGCAGGAGGACGUGUUCUUCUCCGUGGAUGUGGCCUGCAAUUGCACCCCCACCAUCCAGUGGACCUUCAUGUCGAGCUCGGUGAGCCGCGCCAUCGGCAUCUGGCGGCCGGGUGUCUUCACCAAUGUCACCGCUGACUACAGCAGUCGCGUAGAAGCGCACGACAACGGCUCCAUGGGAUUGUCGGACCUGCGGUUGCAAGACACCGGGUACUACGUGCUGACGGUCACCGACGAGAUGGGCGUCAGUAAAGAUGUUGGAUUUGUCCUCAAAGUCAAUGAGGUUCUGUAUGAGGACCUGCAGUACCUGUCGGUGUCAGCCCUGGCGCUGGCCUGCGUGGCGGGCCUUCUCAUGCUGGCCAUGUGGCUGUUGGACAAAGCCUACAGGAAGAUUGUAGCGUGGCAACGCAGGAAAGAAAUGCCAGAAAAUGACGCAACGGAGCUGCAGCGUCUUUGACACAAGUUUGUUGGGACUAUUUUUCAUUUGUAACAGGAAAGACUUUUUUUUUUUCCUUCACCACAAUGGAUUUGGUAGAGGAAAGAAGAGACUGAGGCGCUCUCAGAUUUAUUUUAUACAUGUGUAUUGUAAAUAUAAACUGUAUUUAUUGCCAAAAUAAUAUUGUUUGGAGUAACUAUAGGUCAAGUUGGAAUACUUCCCCAAAAUGAGCUGAGGGAAUUGAACAGUUUGAUGUGGAAAAUAUUUAGUAAGUAGGGAAAAAAAA